UUGUGGUGUGGAUAAGACAAUUUGACGUGUGGAUAAGACAAUUUGACGUGUGGAUAAGACAAAAACCCUUUUUGGGCUGUGCAUUGAAAUAUCACCUUGCAUCGGGGCCUGACUGUUGAGACUUCAUUACCUGCUGUGUGGAAUCCAAUUGAGAAGUGCAAGACACGAGCCAUGCCACGCAAAAGCAAGAAGGCGCAAGCUCUCAAGGUAAGCUGGCAAAAGCGUAAAAACGACACAGACUCUGGAAGUGCAGAUAAACCAACAACUGCCAAAGAAUUGAUGGCCAUUGAACCUGAAAACUCUAUGGAGGUAAUGAUGUCUACAUCUCAUGAUCCUGUAACGUGUGUUUUGGCAUCCUACAGUCAGGAUCAUCCAAAGUAUGCUGAUUCCAGAAACAGUCAGUGUGCUGCAAACUCUGCUACAUUUCUAGCUUUCCUGCAGGAGAUAGACAAUGUGACCAGUGCUCACCUGGACCUUGUUCUCGAUCGAGGCAAUGAGCUCUAUGUGGCUACUGUGGCUGUGCUGAAAGCAGAAGGACGCUACGAACAUCAUCAUUUGGCAACCGAUGAAAUUCCAUCCAUUGUGAAUGGCUUUCACAAACAACAUGUGUUAAUAAAGUAUCAGUCAAUGUAUGGUCUUUUCAAUUCCUCUAUUGCUGAUGUGGCAUUUAUGAUGCUCUGUGACGGACUUCAGUGCCUGGUGUCAGAGGUAAAUUAUGCUCUUUUGGUCAUGAAUUCAUUGUUUAUUGCUGUUUUCCGAAACCACCAAGGCAGAUAUGGCUAUUUUGAUCCACACACCAGAGAACGUGAUGGUCUCCCUCUGCCCUCCGGUGCACCACGUGGUACAGCUGUCAUGAUGCUUUUUACAUGUUUGAACGAUCUGAUAGAUAAGCUCAUACAGGUGUUCACUCUGGCUGGUGCCGCUCCCACUACUCAAUAUGAAUUGAUGCCGGUAAGUUUUCAACCUAUUGACAAUGCAAGUGACCGUGAAAUGGCGACUGAUGUAGAAUCUUCUCUUAUGAGAACACACAAUGAUGACGCUAUGUUUAGCCAGUCUGCUGCUGAGAUGACACAGCGUGUGGUGACGGGUGAGUCCAAACCAUGUGCGAGCAAACACGAGUCCAUUGAAAGGGUACAUGACAACAGUAAAGUGGGUCAACAACGAGCCAUCCGUGGGAAUGUUGUGUGUGUACCAUCAGAAGUGGAAGAAACGGUCAAUGUCUUGCCCAGACUAAGAAGUAGGUCUCAGGUGUUGAGAGUGAAACUGAAAAGACGACUUUGUUACAAAGGACAUCAGAUAUUUCAAACUGUCACUUGGUCCAAGUUAAUGAGUGCCCUGAUAAAACUGAAACAAAUUCAUCCGCAGUACAGCAACAUCACUAUUCGCGAUGAUGCUGACCUUUGCGACCCGACGCUCACUGAUGACGAUAGCAGCUCUGAUGAAGACGAAAUGAACGAAAGUGACUACAAUGAGGAAGACCUCGAGGCAAUCCACACAUUUGAGAGGGAUGCUCUCUGUGAAUUGAAUAGUGACUCACAGAACGAUCCUCGUGGUAAUGUGCAAAAACAACAGAGUGCUGAAAAUGUGGAAGAAGGUGAUGCACCAAACGGUGGGGUUAUCCUGGAGUCAUGUCUCCAACCAAAUGAUGUGUCAGAGGAAAUUAUGAGUUUUACUCAAGGCAUUUACUGUGUGGCUCCUGCAGAAAGAAAUAACCCGUUUGUGACUGAAAUUUACCUGGCAACAUCAAGCAUGAGAAUCCAGCUACGCAAAGAUGCCCCUGUAUUUGAGGAAGCCUCAGAAGGAGCCAUCUGUGGUUUUGUGUCUCGCUACAUCUCGGCUCAGCUGCCGGACCCAGAAAAGGAACCCGAAUUGUAUAAAAAAGUCACCGAAGUUCAGAUGCACAGCAAAAGUCACUCCAAAUCGUGUGUCAAACAUCAAGGUGCAAACUGCCGAUUUGGUUUUCCCAAACCGCCGUGCGAAACCACAAUGAUCAUCACGCCUGCAGCCUGUGAAAAUCAAGAUCGACACAAGGAGAAGCAGGUGGUGGCAAAUGACAAGCUUGUUCGUGUGCAGCGUUUGCUGAAUGAACCUGAAACCUCAUCCCUGACUUUGCCGCAGCUUUUGGCUAAAUGCGAGCUCACCGAUGCUGAGUACAUGGAAUGUUUGUACAUGACCGCCUCAAAGAGUUCUGUUGUGCUCAAGCGAGAUCCGAAAGACUGCUGGGUGAACAACUACAACCGCCAUUUGCUCCUUGCCUGGGAUGCCAACUUGGACAUCCAGUACAUUCUGAAUGCCUAUUCGUGCAUCGCGUACAUCUGCAGCUACAUCAGCAAAGCUGAACACGGUCUGAGUCAAUACCUGAAAUCUGUUAUUGAAAACUCACGCAAUGAAAAUGUCAAUGAGAGCGAUGAAAUGAAACAAAUCAUGCAAGCGUACUCAAAGAAAAGAGAAGUAAAAGGCAAAAAUGUUUUGCCUCUGCUGAACGACAUGGGCUUUGUCAAGAAAAGAAAAGAAAAAGCUGCGGUCAUCAAAUACUGCAAAUUCUCAGAACAAAAGAAUCCUGAGGAAUAUUACUGCUCUUUGCUCAAGUUGUACCUGCCUCAUCGUGCUAAUUGCCAGUUAAAAUCUGAACGCUGUCCCUCAUACCAGUUGUUUCAUGAUCAUGCUUGUGUACAGUUACCAUAUAACGACUCUGUGGAGCGUGUGUGCGAAAUUGUCAAAAGGAACAGAGAAAGGUAUGAGAAACACAGUAAAGACAUUGACGAUGCCAUCCAAGAGGUGGAGGAGAGUGGGCUUGUCAUAAACGAAUGGUGCCACCUGGCCCCUGAGAGUGAGUUGCAAAGACUCGAAUGCAUUGAGGAAAGCAACGCGAGAGAUGAACCAAAUGACAACGUGGAGGAAAAUGUCCCGGACUAUAACGUAAGGUCAGAAACAUCUGAAAUUUCCAUUGCGACAGAGGCUGCUGCCAUCGAUCCCGCAGUGUUACGUGACAUGUAUCGGAACCUGAACCAAAAGCAAGCGUCUGUUUUCUACAAGGUCAGAGAUUGGUGCAUAAAACGUGUGUGUAACUCAAAGCCGAUCGAGCAGUUCUUCUACUACAUCAACGGUGGCGCCGGGACCGGCAAAUCGCAUCUGAUCAAAUGUAUCCAUGCAGAGGCUACCAAAAUACUGCACAGACUACCACGGCUGGCUGAGGAGGCCGACAUUUCCAAACAGACGGUUGUUCUCGCGGCCUUCACUGGCACGGCGGCAUUCAGCAUUUCUGGGACAACUUUGCAUUCUCUGCUCAAACUGCCCAGAAGUCUCAAACCCCCGUACCACGGCCUGGGCAAUAAACUGGACGAAGUCAGAGCCGAGCUGUCGAUCGCCGAAAUACUCAUCAUCGACGAGAUUUCCAUGGUGUCCAAAGACCUCUUUGCCUAUGUGAAUGCCAGGUUGAAACAAAUCAAAGGCAUCGAUUUACCUUUUGGUGGCAUGUCUGUUCUUGCUGUUGGAGAUUUCUUUCAGCUCCCUCCCGUGAAACAGUCCAAACCUCUAUGCGUGUACGAUCCCACUCGGCUGGACCACUGGCGUGACACCUUCAAAAAGAUCACGCUCACCGCCAUCAUGAGGCAGAGAGACGAUGUUGCCUUUGCCGAACUGCUGAACCGACUCCGGGUCAAAGAGAAGUCUGAUGAACUGUCGGAACUGGACAGAGCUCUGCUUGCUACAAGGUAGAUGGCCAUAACUCUGCGAUGCUGAAUCUGCUUCAUAAGGACAUUGUGCAAAUUGAUGCAGAUGACUACAAGAAGGACAAACAAACUGGCAGAAUGGCGAGGCAAACUUCCCCUGUGCAAGGCGCUAAGAGCGAGCUCCCGGACUCAAUCAAAGUUGCCCUCGGUGCUCGUGUUAUGCUCACGCGUAAUUUUG